CGGAAAUUUCUUGUCGCCUCUUGAGCACGGUUCUCGCUCGAUUUCUCGUCGGCCUCGGCAAGACAGCCAGGGCCAGGGUGCCGCAGCUGGUUGCGCGUCGAGGCAGCCAGAGAGACGCUUUGAACGGAUUUGGAAAUCUGGAAAAACCUUCUACACACUCAAACUUUCUUUCGUCAUCUCUCCACCUCCCCUUCUCUUCUAUAAACACACUCGCCUCUCUCCCGUCUUCUGAGCGAAUCUCCUCUUCUCCGUCGUCUCUCCCUCCCUCUGUCUUACUUCUGUCUUCUUUCUCUUGCUUCGUUUCUUCUCUUGCGUCGAUUUCUUCUCUGCCUUCGAUUUCUUCUCCUUUUUUUAGUAGCUGUCUUUCCUCCCUUCCUUCGGCUAGUUCCUUUCUUCCUCCUCUCUGUCUCCCUCCCCAGAUUUCUCUGUGGUUUGCAUUUCCAUCCAUUCUCUUCUUUGUUUUCCUCUCAAGCUGUUUCUUCUUCGGAGCUGUCGUGGUGUCUGCUGCGUCUCUGGAGGCCUUGGAGCUUCCCCCUUCUCCCGGGGGUUCGCGCCGAAAUUCCACCGUCUCUCUUGUUUUCUUCUCUCGUCCUUUUUUCCAUCGCGCCUUCUUCCUCUUGUGUCUGUGCGGAGCUUUUUUCGUCGAGUCGCUUGACUGUCUUCGCCUUUCCCUUGCUCCUCUCUGUUGUCUCGAGAUCUUUUCUGCCCUUCUGCUCCUUCCUUUCGCGCGCUGGAAUUCGAAAUCUGCAGUUUGAGUUUGCCCUCUUCGUCUCUCUCAGCAAUUCUGUGAGAGGCCUUUUCCGCCUGUCUCUCCUCGGCCCUCGUUUCCGGUCCUUUCUUCGACCUUGUCUCUCCCCCCCUCGUUCGGCGUCUCUGCUGAGGCGCCCUCUCCUUCCCUGGCCUCGCGUCUCGUCUGCCGUUCUUCUCUUCUUCCUCGCCUUCUGCCACCAUGGGGAGGAGGAAGAGCGUUCUCUACUUCUACGACGAGAACAUCGGAAAUUUCCAUUAUGGACCGUCGCAUCCAAUGAAGCCGCACCGCGUGCGGAUGACUCACGACCUCAUUCAGGCUUACGACCUCCUUCAAAGCAUGGACAUCGUGAAACCGCUGAAGCCCGCCGUCGAGGACCUGACGCGCUUCCACGCGAACGACUACGUCGAUUUCCUUCGGGCGUCUGCACAAUCGCGUCUCGAAGCUUCUUUGUCUCCCCGGCCAUUUCUCUUCUUCUCUCCGUCUCCGGCUGCCGCGCGAUCUGCGUCGCGCCCGUCGCCUCCCCCGCAGGCGGAAGGCGCCGCUGCUGUCUCUGCGGGAGCCUCAGGUGUCUCCGUGGUCCAGAGCGGCUCUGGCUCGAGAGUCCGCUCAACUCUGCAUCCCCUGCGGUCUGAGAGCCGUUCUGUCUCGCCGGCGACUUCGGCAUUCGACUCGCGAGUUCCCCCCGAGGCGGUUGGUGCGGAUGCGUUGAGCAGCACGGACGCGCGAGGUCGGACGCCGCCGAAAAGCCUCGGAGCGGACCUCGGACCGGGAGGCUGGAGCAGAGCCGCGACCCAGAAGCCGCCGUUCCUCCAGGCCUCCUCCGGCGACGGGGCGCACGGGCCCCUUGGGCUCCAGUGCCCGAGCGCGGCGGAGGAGACAGGGACGGGCGGGCAGGCGCCGGCGUGGGCUCCACCCGGGGUGUCUCCGUCCCUGCGGCGGGGCGAGGACGCCAACGGCUUGCUGAGUUCGGCAGCGUUCGACGAAGAGGUUGCGGCGCCUCCUGUGCCUCUCUCGUCCUCGCUGGCGGAUCAAAUGGCCCGGUUCAACGUCGGAGAAGACUGUCCGGUCUUCGACGGACUCUGGGAGUACUGCCAGACCUACAGCGGAGGCAGCAUCGAGGGCGCGCGACGCGUCGUGAGAGGAGAGUACGACUGGGCAAUCAACUGGGCAGGGGGCCUCCACCACGGAAAGAAACACGAAGCCAGUGGCUUUUGUUACAUCAACGACUGCGUCUUGGCUGCCCUCGAAUUCCUGCGUUUCAAACAUCGGGUGCUCUAUGUCGACGUCGACAUCCACCACGGCGAUGGAGUCGAAGAAGCGUUCUACACUUCUCCCAGAGUUCUCUGUUGCUCUUUUCACAAAUACGGCGACUACUUUCCGGGCACCGGCGCGCUGGACGAUGUCGGAAUCGACGAGGGCCUCGGCUACUCUGUCAACGUACCUCUGAGUGAGGGGGUGGAUGACGCCAUGUACACGCGUCUGUUCAGACAGGUCAUGGACAUGAUUAUGGAGUCCUACCGACCAGAAGCUGUCGUCCUCCAGUGCGGCGCCGAUUCGCUUUCCGGGGAUCGUCUCGGCUGUUUCAACCUCUCCAUCGAUGGUCACAGCGAAGCAGUGCGGUACUUCUGCAGUAAAGACGUCCCUGCACUGUUUCUCGGCGGCGGGGGCUACACGCUCCGGAAUGUCCCUCGGUGUUGGGCGACGGAGACAGGCUACGUUCUUGGCCUCUCUCUCAAUCCCAACAUCCCGGAAGAGAGCGAGUACGUCGGCUACUACGGCCCCGACUCGACACUGCAUGUACGCACGUCCAACAUGGAAAAUCGAAAUGAAGACAGCUACGUUCAACAUGUCAUAGAAAGAAUUUCGCAGACACUGAAGGAUCAUGUGCGCCCCGUUGGCGCCCAGAUUAGCGCCAAUUAUUUCCUGGACGAUAGCGUGAUGGACAAGAGUGAUCAAAUCCGGGCACUGCUAGCAGACGAAGAGGAAGAGAAAGCAAUGGACUCGAGUGGAGACGCCGAGGACGCAGACGGCGCUGGACGCUUCGAGGAGAUCUCGAACAGGAAUCGUGGGUAAACAGAACGGAAGGAGACGAAGAAAAACAGACAGAAUGGAAGGAGACGAAGAAAGACAGAAGGAAAGGGAGGCGAAGCAGAAAGAAAGGACACAAAGAAGAAACGGGGACGAGACCGAGCAGAGGAGGCGCGACAGGCCCCAGCAACCUCAGAGAGCCGGCGAAAAAGUCGAGUCGCCAGCGCACCGGAAGGGCAGAAAGCAGGAGGAUAGGGAGAAGAUGAAGGAAGAUGAGGAGCAGAGAAUACGGACGAGAAAAGGAACGGAAAAAGAAAGACGAACAGCAGAACCGAGGGCACAAGGGAUGAACAGAGAGGAGGACGGACAAAGUAAGACGAGCAACUGAGAGAUGGAGAGAGAGAACUAACGAAUUGUAGGAGUGACGCAGGACGUGGUGAGAGGUGGACGAGAGGGCAGACUGGACUCGAUGAGAUGAACGAGAUUUUGUUACGCGACAAAUCUCGCCUUCUGUGUUCGAAACGAACACACUAGUGAAGUUCGGAAAGGGAUACUUUAACGUGAGUCGCAAAAUACCUUUUCUUUUUUCACGACUUUCGUCGCUCUUUGUCAUAAACCUGACUCUUCCAAGCGUGCUUCAGAAACGCUUCAAAACUAGGAAGAACUCCUGAC